AUGCCAGCAUCUGAAUCACAACAACAACAACGAGCACAAUCUCAUCAAACCUUUCAUCACGAUUUAAUAUCUACACCAUCGCCUUUAUUUCCUUCGAAUUUGCAUAAAUCACUUUUGACUAUCUCGCCUGAACAAAUCUGUUUAUCAACUUCGACGAUUGUGACACUCGCCUGGAAUAUUUAUGAUAAUGUCAUCACUUCACAUGAUUCUAUUGGAAUCUUUCUGCCAGAUAAAUUAACGCCGAAUGAUGUUGUCGAAAAUAUUUAUAAUAAUUUAAACGCUCUCAAAAUCGGCCAGUACCAUUGGCAUUGUACACAAACAAUAAUCAAUAAGCUAGUGAAUGUUGAUACUGUUUGUUUCCAAUAUUACAAUUCAAUCAAUGGAGAAAUUAAAGCUCAAUCAUCACUGAUACCAUUGAUUCAUGGUAAUAAUCACAUACCAUCAAUCGACAACAUGACUCGACCUAUAUCCAUAAAAAUUUAUGAUCUUCAUGCUACGAAUUUACAACGUGGAGUCUUUUUCAAACCUGAUCCAUACAUCAAAGUUUCGUUGAUUGCUGGCCGUUUACACAAGCAAUUUCGCAUAUCAUCGCAUUUUUACAAUCAAGAAAAACGAACGAAUGUGAUACCGAAUACGUGUCAUCCCAAAUGGUACAAUCAAUCGUUUACUUUUCAAACAUUUCAUACAGAUUUGUUGGAGUUCGAAGUAAAGGACAAAUUUGUGAAAACGAGACCUACGAUGAAUCGAUUUCUCGGGAAAAUAACGGUUCAAAUUGGAUUUUUAUUAGAUAAACUAAAUAAAAAUUCAUCAACGUUUGUAUUCAAUCUUCAACGACGGAAUUACUCCGAUCAUGUUAGUGGUUGUUUAAUGUUCAAUGCUGCAUUUAUUAGAAGUGAAUCACCAACAUUGUCAAGACCUUUAAUGGAUUCAACUCCAAUUGUAGAAAACGUUGAAUCUACAUUGGAAAGUUCUGUGACGAAUACAGAUGGUUAUGAUAAUAAUCUUUCAUCGCCUCCUGUCAACGAACAAACAACAAAUGAAGCUGUCGAAGAAGAAAACGUAUCUCAAUAUUCAUCUAAUACGGAUGAUCAACGAGAUAAUCAAAUAUCUUCUUCUUCUUCUUCUUCAACUGACGAUUCACUCGUGAAUCGUUCAUCAACGCAAUCCAUAGAUGAAUCAUUAACACCAUCAUCGGAUAACACUAUCAUAGACGAUGGAAUAACGAAUGAUGCUAAUCAGAUGUUGUUGGAUAAUCCUUCCAAUCAACCUCGAAUAACUACGACUGUACCGACACAUUGUUCUGUAACAUCAUCAUACCAAGGACAUAAUGAAGAACACGAAGCAAAUGAAGAAGAAGUAGUAGUAGUAUUAAACGAGAACAACAUUGAUGACAAUCAACAACGACAAGAAGAAGAAGAAGAGAGAGAAGACGCGCCGUCGUCGUCGUCGUCGUCGCAUAAUUGCGAUGUCGGAUCAACUAAUAUCGUUGUUCUUUCAUCGACAGAGAAGAAACUGAAGCAUUGCUAUUCAUCAUCGACCUUACUCCCUCCACGUAUCCCACGAUCAUCAAGUAUAGUAACAACAACACCAAUGCUUCAACAACAACAUCAUCAUCACUCACAUCACGAUGCUUAUCGAACAUUACAAUUACCUGUCAAUUCAACGAAUAAACUGUUAAUUAUUAAGCCAAAUGGUCAACAUCAAUCGACAACAACAGGCUCAGAAAAUAAUUUACAAACAACUGGAAAUCGUCUUCAUUCUUCAGUCUACAAUCAUCAUCAUCAUAAUAGUAACAGCUGCUUUAACGAAGAAAGUGUUCGAACAUUAUCACGAGACUAUGCUAAUGGUUUGUUAAUUUUGUGUCUAUUUUAUUUGAAAGUUUUCAAUCUUACUUUAAUAGAAUUGCGACAAGCUGCUCAAGAUUUACAUCGUGUUCAAUCAAAAUAUCAAACGAUCACAACAGCGGAUACAGCUCGUUCAAAUAACCACAAUCAUACUGACUGUCCCUCAGCAGAACAAACGCGAAAACUAAUUACACGUGAACUACAAGAAUGGCAUAAACAACAAGUAUCGAAAUAUAAAAACUUAACGACUGAGUCACAAACAAUCAAUUCUCGUCCUCCAUCUCCGACAUCACAGUCACAAGAAACAGAUAAUAUGCUUGCUAGUAUACUCCCACCAGUUGAAAACGCCCGACUGAUAUGCUCGUCCUCCUCUUUCAUUGUUGCUGAACACCCACCAGUAAUGAGUACAUCAAUGUCGAUGCCUAACACGAAUGAUAUGUCCACGCAACAAGAUAUUCCACGAAUGAAUAACUCUGCAUUUAUGGUUACAUUGCCACGUAAAUCAGUCACGGUCGAUACUCGAACAUCACCACCACCACCGUCAGCUCCGAAUGUAAAUACUGAUCCUCCGUCUUCACCUGUAAUUAAUGCUUCACCACCGUUGCCAUCUGGGUGGGAAACACGCAUUGAUCAAUUCGGUCGUCCGUAUUUUAUCGAUCACAAUAAUAAAACAACAACAUGGCAACGUCCAACGAUACAGUCACAAUCGACUGUUUCGACUCCUCGCCUUCCAGUUGCUAGCGCAGUUGCUGCUACCAAUGCUAUCACUAUUGUGACUCCUGUACCUGCUACAACUGCUGCUCCUGUUAGUUCAUCGCCCACUAUUGAUCGUGAACGUAUGGAUAAACGGUAUCAAAGUAUUCGACGCACAGCAGCAACUCGUACAACAAGUUCAUCAGUAGUUGACACGUCCAGUAUUCUCUCGACUGAUAAUAGUAACUCAACUACUACGAAUAAUGACGUCUCGUCAUCGUCAUCAUCGUCGUCAACAGCUUCUUCAUCAGUUCAAACCCUCGACGAGUGUAUACGAGCAACUCCAGCUUUAAGAUUCAUUUGUCGAACUGAUUUUUAUCAAUUCUUCAAAACACAUCGUGAAGCACGUCAUAUGACUAAAUCAGAUUCAUUAGCCGGUAUUCUUCAACGUAUUCGCCAUGAUCCCACGCUCUUCAAGCGAUAUCAACAUAACAAAGAGCUCGUACGUUUUCUCAAUCUGUUUGCUGAUCCAACGCGAGUUUUACCCGCGCGGUGGGAUGUCAAACAUGACGAUAGUGGAAAAUUAUUUUUCGUUGAUCAUAAUACACGUUCGACAACUUACAUCGAUCCGCGUUUGCCAAUCGAUGAUGAACAGCAACCAACUGCAGCUAUUGCCUUACCACCAACGAGUGGCUUUGAUGAAAACUCAUCAGUCACAUCGCGAACUAAUCGAAAACAACAAGAACUCAUUAGUUUAACAUAUAACGAAAAAGUCGUGGCAUUUAUGCGACAGUCUCAGAUAUUUGAUUUACUCAAAGCAAAUCAACUUGUGCCAUUGACGAGCAAACUACGUGAAAAAAUUCAAUUGAUUCGAGCUGAAGGUGUUCGAGCGUUGGAUACGCUGUCAAAUUCUGUAGAUUUAAGUCUUCUCAUUAGUGUCUUUCAUGAAGAUAUCGUGUCUUAUAUUCCGCCAUUAACUCAAUCGACAAGUGUGACAACAUCUCAAUCUGUCUCAUCGUUUAUCUCGCCAUCAACUUCGACAACAUUCAUCGUCGAACAAGGUAAAUCGUCAUCGGCAUCAUCGUCGCGUCGUUCAUCAAGUCAACAGUCAUCUUCCUCAUCGCGUCGGCCAUGUUUUCAGCAGAAACUUCGUGCUUUCUAUAAAAAACUCGAUUCCAAAGGUUAUGCAACAGGUCCGGCAAAGACCAAAGUUUCCAUCUCACGAAAUAAUCUUCUUUCGGAUGCAUUUGAAAAAUUCAUGAAUCAAAUACCAAAAAAAGACUUACAACGAAAUAAAUUAUUUAUCACGUUCGCCGGCGAGGAAGGUUUGGAUUAUGGAGGUCCAUCACGAGAAUUUUUUCUAUUAAUGUCGAGACAAUUCUUCAAUCCAUACUACGGUUUUUUCGAAUAUUCAGCAAGUGAUCAAUACACAUUACAAAUUAGUCCUAUGUCGAAAUUUAAUGAAAACUAUACGGAAUGGAUGCGUUUCGGUGGACGAAUGCUCGGUACGUAUAAAUGA